UAUAAAAUAACCUUGCUUAUAGUUUCAAAUAUCAGUAUAAUCAUAAGUGCUUAAACGCUGAUAAGUAUUGAGGCGAACUGCUUUGAUCCCGCUAUAUGUUUAAGACAUGAAAUUUGUUACGUGCAUUUCGAUAUUUCUGAUUCUAUUACCAUGUUUAGGUGGCUCAUGUUUGUUAAACCCGUGGAAACGGAAGGUAUCAGAUGAUCCGGAGAUACACAUGAACACAACACAACUGAUCACAAGUAAAGGUUACCCGUGCGAGGAUUAUGACGUACACACUGACGAUGGGUAUAUACUAGAUGUUCAAAGAAUACCUCAUGGUAGGAACCAAAACAGAUCUGUUUCAGGUAAACCAGUUGUGCUUUUAAUGCACGGACUACUUUCUUGCUCAGCAUGCUGGGUAGAGAAUCUUGUGAACGAGAGCCUUGGUUUUAUUUUGGCUGACGCUGGUUUUGACGUCUGGCUUGGCAAUUGCCGAGGAAAUACGUAUGGAUUGAGACAUGAGAAACUGAAUCCUGACCAGAAAGAAUUCUGGGAGUUUAGUUGGGAUGAGAUGGCAAAGUACGAUCUUCCUGCAACUGUUAACAAGAUGUUGGCUAUUACGGGAGCUGAGCAGGUAUAUUUUGUUGGACAUUCCCAGGGAGGAGGCGUAGGUUACGCUGCGAUGUCAACAGAUCCAGACUUCGCAAAGAAAAUAAAGAUGUUUGUGCCGCUCGCUCCUGCCGUCUACCUUGACGCACUGACUGGUCCACUGCGACUAUUAGCUCCUUUCUCAAAGGACCUAGAUUUUAUUGCCGACCUGUUUGGAGAUGGAGAAAUUUUACCCAAUGACAAGAUUUUCAAGUGGUUAGCGAAAGAUAUUUGCACAAAGGAAAUACCAGCGUUUCUCUGCAAAAACUUCCUGUUUGUGCUUUGUGGUUUUGAUGAACAGCAAAUGAACCAGUCACGUGUCCCAGUAUAUAUUGGCCAACAUCCGGCGGGAACUUCCGUCCAGAAUAUAAAUCAUUUUGCACAGAUGGUCCUCACAGGCAAGUUUCAGAUGUAUGAUUUUGGAGCAAAGGAUAAUAUGCUUAAGUAUAAUCAGACGACGCCACCAGUGUACGAUCCGAGCAAGGUCACCGUACCUACAGCGAUGUUUUCCGGAACUCAUGAUUGGCUGGUUGCUCCUAGUGACGUCACGAAGCUUCUCAAUAUAUCCAAAACGGUGAUUUUCAAGAAAGUAAUCAGUGCCUGGGAACAUCUUGAUUUCAUUUGGGCAAUGGAUGCUCCGAAACUAUGUUAUAAUGAUAUUAUAAACUUAUUUAACAAGUAUUGAGAAUCAAAAAAAAAUAUAUCAUCAAAAAGUAAAACACCAACUGAACUAGUUUUAGCAAGUUUUAGACCGUUCUUUGCUUGUUCUCACAAAGUCAUUUAACAUACAUGUGCGCUGUUGUUGUUGUUUUUUUUCAACCGUAUUUUAGUUUUUCACGUUUGUUUCUUCGUAUUAUAUUCCAGUACAUGUUUGAAUGGCCAGAAAAUCCAUGAAAAGUUUAAAUGAUAUGAUAUGUACUUAAGUCACACGAUAUUUUCUGUGAUUUACGUUCUUGUAGAUAGUCACAGAAGUUCUUUAGUAAUGUAAGUGAUAUUAUGAUAUAUGACGUUUUUUUGUUAUGAUGCAUUUUAACACUAUAAAAUAUUGUGAUUUUAUUGCAACAAUGUGAGUAUUAUAUCCACCUGAAGGGCACGUUGAGCUUUUAUUUUACUUAUUUAAAGCAUAAUAUAUAUUCUACAAAUUAUCAAAAUGUCUUAUCGCAAGCAAUAAAAUAUUGAAUAAAUAUA